AGCCACCCACCCUUCUGCCUGCCACUCGCCUGCUUCCAGGCGGGGUUUCCUUGCUGCGAGGGCGAUAAAGCCCCACAAGCUUCGCUCCCUGCGUGCCCGCGCCGCCCCAGCCAUGGUGAUGUUCAGGAAGGUGAAGAGCUUCACCGUGGUCUUCAGCGAGCCCGACAAGAUCUACUGCAGCGGGGACAAGGUGGCCGGGCGCGUGGUCGUGGAGGUGGCCGAGGUGACCCGCGUCAGCGCCGUCAAGGUGUUGGCGUGUGGGGUGGCCAGGGUGACCUGGGCCAAGGGCCCGGCCCAGUGCCGGCAGGAGAUGGAGUACCUGCGCUUCGAGGACGUGCUGGCGCUCGAGGAGCAGCCCACGGAUGGGGACGGCUCCGUCAUCCUGAGACCUGGGAACAAGUACGAGUACAAGUUCGACUUCGAGCUGCCCCAGGGGCCGCUGGGCACCACGUUCAAGGGCAAGUACGGCUCCGUGGAUUACUGGGUGAAGGCGUCCCUGGAGCGCCCUGCCUGCCCCCCCCAGCAGGUGAAGAAACGCUUCGAGGUGAUGGAUCCCGUGGAUGUGAACACCCCAGAAUUGCUGUCCCCGGUGGCAGCCAAGAAGGAGAAGAAGGUGUCGUGCAUGUUCAUCCCCGACGGACGCGUCUCCGUCAGCGCCCAGAUCGACAGGAAGGGCUUCUGCGAAGGCGAUGAGAUCUGCAUCAACGCCGACUUCGAGAACACCUGCUCGCGCAUCGUGGUGCCCAAGGCGGCCAUCGUGGCCAAGCACACCUACCUGGCCAACGGCCAGACCAAGGUCUUCUGCCAGAAACUCUCCUGCGUCCGCGGCAACCACAUCAUCUCGGGCACCUCCGAGUCCUGGCGCGGCAAAACCAUCCGCGUGCGGAAGCUCAAACCCUCCAUCCUGGGCUGCAACAUUCUGCGCGUGGAGUAUUUCCUGCAGAUCUACGUCAGCGUCCCGGGCUCCAAGAAGAUCAUCCUGGAGCUGCCGCUGGUCAUCGGGAGCCGCUCGGGCAUCGGGAGCCGCAGCUCCAGCAUGGCCAGUCAGACCAGUUCCGAGAUGAGCUGGGUCGACCUGAACCUCCCGGAUGCUCCAGAGGCACCCCCCUGCUAUCUGGACAUCGUUCCCGAGGAUCACCGGCUGGAGAGCCCCACCACGCCCCUGCUGGAUGAUCCCGACGGAUUCGACAGCCCCAUCUUCAUGUACGCGCCGGAGUUCAAGUUCAUGCCCCCCCCCACCUACACGGAGGUGGAUCCCUGCGUGGCCAACAACAACAACAACAACAACAACAACGUCCAGUGAGCGCCGCGCCCGGCGGGGUCGCUCCCGCUGAUCCCGGACUUGGCUCCGUGUGCCGCCCGCCCGCGGCUCCCGAGGAACUGCCACAUUCCCGAGGAACGGCCGCUUUCCCCAGGAAAGGAAGCGCCGCUCCGGAGCGCUGGAACCCGCCAG